GCGGCCCGAAAUGGAUCUGUGCUGGCCUCGAUCUGCUCCGUUUAUCCAUGCGCAAGGAUUGCGAACUCUCCGCCCCUUAUCUGUUCUACUGGCACAAGCUGGAGCGCUGUAAUUAUUUUCUCCAUACUGUGAUAGAGCUCCUAGCACGUUGUGAGCCAAUAGAUGGGCGCACCUUUAAGUACUUGAUGAAACACACGGUGCCCGAUGGCGGGAAUUGGCAGAUGUUUGUGAAUCUCAUCCAGAAGUACGGUGCUAUGCCCAAGCAAUCCUAUCUGGCUAGUUGGUCGUCAACUCGAUCGCUGCAUCUCAACAAGAUGCUUAGGAGCAAGCUGCACGAGUUUAGCUGCCGACUGCAUGCGAAAUUUACAUUUGAUGGAGAUAGCCAUAUGCUGCGAUUAAUAUAUCUGGAACCCAUGAUUGAAGAGCUUUACAAAAUAAUAAGCAUUUGCUUGGGAACGCCGCCCGUUAACUUUACGUGGAGCUUAAAAGAUGAAGACCAGAGGCUAGUCUAUACACCGCUGAGCUUUUACCAAGCCAUGAUAGAGCCCUAUUUUUCACGCGAUGCGCAGGUUUGCCUGGGCCACGAUCCCCGCCUCACCUCCAUCUAUCACCGCAACUAUCACAUCGCAAACAGCUCUAACAUGAUUGACGGACUACAGCAAAGGUACAUCAACCAACCAAUGGAGAUUCUGCUGGAAGCCAUCGUAAAGUCUCUGGCAGCAGGCUCAGCUGUGUGGCUGGCCUGCGAUCUGCCAGUUUUGUAUAACACCAAGUCGGAUGUGCUUAGCCUGAAAGCGUACCACUUUGAUCAGGUUUUUGGCAUGCCCGUGGACACGGCACUUGACAAAGCCGAACGUAUGCUCUACAAGGCGACGCGUCGCAAUACAGUGCUAUUGCUGACAGAGGUCACAUUGGAUGCAAUGCGGCAGCCGUUGCAAUUUCGCACAAUGCGAAAGGCAACAGAACCGACAACCACCAAAAAGACGGAGUCCUCAGAUAGCCUGCGACUGCCGGAAGCUGUUGAUGCUGACGCUGAGGCCAAGCAGUAUGCAGUCAAGCGCAAAGUGGCCAGCGGCAAGGCUACCGUCUUAAACGUCGACUGGCUGCGGGAGUAUGCCUUCGAGAUAGUUGUCGACUCCCGCUAUGUGCCGCCAGGCGUGAUGCACGCGCUUCAAACUCAGCCCAGCGUGGAACUGCCCGUUUGGGACCCCAUGGGCGCGCUGCUCAGUUGAUGGCUGAUGAGUCCCCAGGUAGUUGUUCAGGGCUGGCACACCGUCCAAUACACUAAAUCAGCUGUCAUCAAUUUUAAAUUCUGGCAAGAAGCUGCUUCGGCUUGGCCUAAACCAAAUUCUUUGGUAUUAAAUGCGUUUCAAGAUAUUUAUUGAAAAUUGUAAUAAGUUUUUUAAUAUUAAAUGUUCUUAAUCCCAAAUCGUAACAACUCAAUUACGAUGU